AUGGCCUCCCCAGCGAUUCAAACCGAGGCUGCCUCCUACGGACCUUCUGUUGCGCCCAAAUGCUCCAAGAACCUGAUCCCGAAAGACCUGUCCGGCUCUCCGAUCCCCCACAGCCAGCGUUGGGUGUACUCGACAUCAGCCAUCACCAACGGCAAACUCAAAUCCAUCAGUGGCAGUGCCGUUCUCAUUGUUGCAUAUGUGUGUUUCAACUCGUCGACGGUAGGCCACAGGUUCUACGGCCACCUGGACGACGCGUACGACGAGAUCGCCGUUAACAUCUGGGGCACCUUCGUCAUCACCACAGUCUUCUUCUGGGCCUGGGCCGCCGUCUUCGCCAUACCGGACCUGACCAGCUGGCCGCAGUGGCUGUUCAAGUACAAAACGCAGCCCUUCGUCCGGGUUGGCGGGCAGGAGUACGCCCGCAUUGCGCUGAUAGGGCUUCGAAACCAGUUCGUGGUCGUGCUGCCCUUGCUGUACCUCACCAGCGUGUUCGGCUCUUCCAAGCCAGUUGGGACAUCCUCGCUUCCCUCGCCCACACAGGCCGUCGCAACCGCUCUGUUUGACGUCUUCUGCACGGAGAUGGGCUUCUACUACAUCCACCGCGCAUUCCACUCGAAACUGCUGUACCCUCUUUUCCACAAGCAGCACCACGAGUUCACCGCACCCGUCGGGCUGGCGUCGACGUACUGUACCUUGACCGAGCACGUCUUUUCUAACUUGAUGCCAAACGCCAUCGGGAGCAUGAUCGUCCCGCACCACUGGUCUCAGUCUACCUUUAGUUUCCUGCUGUUGACAUUCGGAACCAUCUGCGCGCACUCCGGAUACAACACGCCGUGGCUUCCCUCAAACCUGCAACACGAUUUUCACCAUUUCGCGUUCAACGAAAACUUCGGCCCGACGGGGCUGUUCGACUCGAUACACAAUACCAACAAGAAGUUCAAGCACACCCUGCAGGAGGCGAGGCUGCGGGUUGGUGGUGAUGAUGACAGAGCCAGGAAGCUGGUCCUGGAGAAAUUGGCCGUGGUUGAGAGCAAGGAAAAUGAGGCGAAGCGAAAGAAUUGA